UUUUUAGUUGUAACUGUCCAGCUGGCACUCAGUGCCGUUGGCCAAACUGAAGCGUGGGAUGUUGCCUGCUACCUCCUUGCUCAGACUCCAAAUGCUGAUGGGGUCUCCCGUAGGCUUUAUGCAGAAGGCCCAAUCAAUGAAUGGAGAUUGGGAGCGGGGCCAGCAGGCGCAAUCCCUCUCCCUUGUCACCCACUGGCUGACCCCAGAGAACCUGGGUCAUGUGCAGAGAGCUAAUAUCAGCCUGUAAGCGGACUGCCAGGCACUCAACUUUUCUCAUGCAUCUGUGACAAAUCCUUUCAUGGCCAUUUCAAAAAUCCUUGUCAAAACGCUGUUCCUCCUGGGGAAGUAACAUCUCCCCUCCUCCUUUAACAGGUAACAACACAACACAAGACAUCUCAGAAGAGAGCACCGCUGGAAGGCUUCUGCAUUCGCAAAUUCCUGCUACCAGGAUCUUUGCGUAUCCUGUUCGGAAAUGUCCAAGGUCUUCUCCACUAGCCUCCGCUGCCGGCUGCCCGUCUUGCUGUUCCUCUUCCAGGGAGCUCUGCUGAUGAUCUUUGCCCUCUUCGUGACAUACGAUGAGCACACAGACGCCACCAACCAGCUUGCCCGCACUGACCUGGCUGCCAACCAGCUCUACGCCAUCUUCUCUUUCUUCCAGGACGUACAGUUGAUGCUGCUGGUGGGGCUGGGCUUGCUGCUGGCUUUCAUGAAAGGCUACGGAGUCAGUGCGGUCGCCUACAACUUUCUGCUGGCCAACUUCUCCACCCAGUGGGCCCUGGUCAUUCAAGGAUUUGUGCACCACUGCCACCAUGGGAAGGUCCACCUUGGCCUUUACAACAUCCUCACUGCCGAAUUCGCAGCCGUGACGGUCCUCAUCUCAGCCGGGGCCAUCCUGGGCCGAACGAGUUCCAUCCAGCUUCUCCUCAUGAGCCUUUGCGAAAUCCCCCUCUACGUGGCCUGCGAGUGGCUCGUUGUGAGCUACUUCCAGGCUGUGGAUGUGGGAGGAACCAUCACUCUCCACGUCUUUGCUUGCUAUUUUGGGCUAGGCACCUCCAUCGCUCUGUACCGGCCAGGAUUGCAACUGGGACACCCAAAGGAGACUCCUUCUUAUAUCUCUGACCUUCUCUCCUUGGUGGGAACCAUGUUCCUUUGGGUGUUCUGGCCCAGCUUCGUGGCUGUCCUGGCCCAGCCAGGGGAUGCCCAACACAGGGCCGUGCUACACACAUGGAUUACUCUCAGCGCCAGUGCCUUGACCUCAUUUGCUACCUCCAGCCUCCUGGAGAAGAGCGGCAAGCUGAACAUGUGCCACUUGCAGAAUGCCACGUUGGCUGGUGGCGUGGCCAUUGGUGCAGUGGCAGACAUGGUCAUUUCGCCAUCUGGAGCAUUAGCCCUGGGUAUCAUUUCCUCUCUAGCCUGUAUCCUUGGCUUCAAAUACAUGACUCCAUUCUUGGCCACCCACGUCCGCCUACAGGACCAAUGUGGCAUCCACAACCUUCAUGGCCUACCAGGCAUCAUCGGAGCUGUGGGUGGAAUUGUGGCCAUUUUGUUAGUGCCCGAUGAGGCCUAUGGACUCAACCUAUUCCAGGUCUUCCCUCCACGUGGUCUGCCCCCAGGAAAUGCUACCAUGGAGGCAACCUCAGCGGGAGAAAACCUGGGGAGGAGUGCCACCCAGCAGGCUCUCUACCAGGCUGCAGGCCUUGGGGUCUCAAUCCUCGUGUCUCUUGUGGGUGGUUACUUCACUGGGUGGGUCCUGAAACUGCCUUUUUUAGCCCAGCCGCCCGACAGACUGUGCUUCAGUGACGCUCUUUACUUUAAGGUCCAGGAGCCAACGGCGACCUUGAGUGUUGACCAGGCUAGUGGAGACCUCCAGCUGCCCCUGAAGGACAACGCUUGAUGGUUUAUCUGCUUGUGCCUGCAAAGAAAAUAAAACAGCAGCACUUCGACAAAGCAGCAUUGAUCAAGUUUCCCUGACGUGACGCGCUGCCGGGGCUGCCAGGUUUCAAACAAGAGCGGGCAGAUGGGACAAUUGACCCAAGCACCAUCCCUCUGGGUGGCACAGAGUCUUCAGCUGCUGGAGCAUCCAUGCUGCCUUUCCCCAACUAUUUAGCAGUUCAAAGAGGAGGGAGUCUCUCUCUCUCUCUCUCUCUCACACACACACACACACCUUCUCUUGGACCAGACAAAAUGGCUAGGCCAGGGCUGUGGUAGCAGAUAUACUACUGCAAAUUAUCAAUAUACAGGUGAAACAGAGGUAGAGAAGUAAGCAGCCAACUUCGGUCCCAAAUCAGCACCACAUUCCUCAAGUCCUUAUAGGGAAGGGGCGUAGCUCAGUGGGUGAGCAUCUGCUUUGCAUGCAGAAGGUCCCAGGUUCAAUCCCCAGCAUCUCCAGGUAGGGCUGGGAGUACGUCCCCUGCCUGUAACUCUGGAGAGCAGCUGCCAGUCAGUGUAGACAAUACUGAGCUGGAUGAGCCAGUGGUUCAACUUGGUAUAAGGCAGCUUUCAAUGUUCCAAACUAAAAUAUUUGUUGUAAAACAAAAUAGAGAAAAGUCUAGUUCAUACUGAGGCCAUUCAACUGAGUGUGGAUUGUACCAUUUCAAUCUGCAGGACAAUGCUCAGAUAAACAGACUGAUUCCUUGUUGCAAGGGGCGGGGGCUGGGGUGGGGAAGAGGGUUGGGAGCAAUGUGUUGCAGGCAGGGAAGGGAGAGAAAUUUGAUUCAGUUCACAUUUAAAGCCGAAUCUGUCCUAUUUGCACUUUUUUAAAAUGAUAUGAGGACCACCAUAAGACCCAUGUUGAGCCUGGUGAGUAGAAAUAAAACAUUUUAAAAUUU